GGCUUAGCAGGCGGACCGCGGGGGCUGGCGCUCAGGCGACGGCGUGAGAAGCGGCGGCGGGAUGGCGGGCCGGCGGGUAAAUGUGAAUGUGGGCGUGCUGGGUCAUAUCGACAGCGGCAAGACAGCCCUGGCGCGGGCACUGAGCACUACGGCCUCCACCGCUGCCUUCGACAAGCAGCCGCAGAGCCGCGAGCGGGGCAUAACGCUCGAUCUGGGCUUCUCCUGUUUUGUCGUGCCGCUGCAGGGCGCUGAACCCGGGACUAGUGACACGCUGCUGCAGGUCACGCUGGUCGACUGCCCCGGGCACGCCUCCCUCAUCCGGACCAUCAUUGGCGGUUCCCAGAUCAUUGAUUUGAUGAUGCUCGUGAUUGAUGUGACCAAGGGAAUGCAGACACAGUCCGCAGAGUGCCUUGUGAUUGGCCAGAUCGCCUGCCAGAAGCUGAUUGUGGUGCUGAACAAAAUAGACCUGUUAGCAGAAGGGAAGAGACAGGCAGCAAUUGACAAAAUGACCAAGAAAAUGCAGAAGACUCUUGAGAACACCAAAUUCCGGGGUGCACCGAUUAUUCCCGUGGCAGCCAAGCCUGGGGGACCAGAAGCCCCUGAAACGGAAGCUCCACAGGGCAUCUCAGAACUCAUUGAGCUCCUGAAGUCUCAGAUUUCCAUCCCAACAAGAGACCCCUCUGGACCAUUCCUUAUGUCUGUGGACCACUGCUUCUCCAUCAAGGGUCAGGGCACCGUGAUGACUGGGACUAUCCUCUCAGGCACUAUCAGCCUCGGGGACAGUGUGGAGAUCCCUGCCCUCAAGGUGGUGAAGAAAGUGAAGUCCAUGCAGAUGUUCCAUACACCUGUCACCUCUGCCAUGCAAGGAGACCGACUGGGCAUCUGUGUCACCCAGUUUGACCCCAAGCUGUUGGAGCGUGGGCUGGUAUGUGCACCUGAGUCUCUGCACACCGUUCAUGCAGCCCUCAUCUCUGUGGAAAAGAUCCCUUACUUCCGGGGACCCCUGCAGACCAAGGCCAAGUUCCAUAUCACAGUGGGCCAUGAGACAGUCAUGGGCCGCAUGCUGUUUUUCAGCCCUGCUCCUGACAACUUUGACUUGGAGCCCAUGCUAGAUUCCUUCGACCUUUCCCGAGAAUACCUCUUCCAAGAGCAGUACCUGUGCAAGGAUUCCAUGCCCACAGCCACAGAAGGUGAUGAUGAGGCAGACACAAAAGCAGGCCACUCCCCAGGGGGCCACUGCCCCCGGCAGCAGUGGGCCCUGGUAGAGUUUGAGAAGCCAGUCACCUGCCCCCAACUCUGCUUGGUGAUUGGCUCCAGACUAGAUGCCGACAUUCACACCAACACAUGCCGGCUGGCCUUCCAUGGUGUCCUACUACAAGGGCUGGAGGACAAGAACUACACAGAGAGCUUCCUGCCAGCACUGAGGGUUUACAAGCUGAAGCACAAGCAUGGCCUUGUGGAGCGGGUAAUGGAUGACUACAGCGUGAUUGGACGUUCCCUGUUCAAAAAGGAAACCAACAUCCAGCUCUUUGUGGGGCUUAAGGUGCAGCUGUCCACAGGGGAGCAGGGUAUCAUCGACAGUGCCUUCGGUCAAAGUGGCAAGUUCAAGAUCCACAUCCCUGGUGGCCUCAGCCCUGAGUCCAAGAAGAUCCUGACACCUACACUCAAGAAGCGGGGCAGGGCUGGCCGUGGGGAGACCACCAAGCAAGAGGAGAGCACUGAGCGGCCAGAGCCCAUACAGCCUGUGACACUCAACCUGUCUUUCAAGCGCUAUGUCUUUGACACCCAGAAGCGCAUGGUACAGACUCCCUGAAUGAACCAUCCUGCCUAGCUGCAAGCCAGACCACAGUGCCAGAUGCCCCCAGACAUACCUCAACCUCCCCAGUCCUGUAGUCAGUCAGCCCAUCCCACUGCCAUCUGCACUGUUAUUGAGCCCCAUUAAGAAAACCUGGGGAAAGUGAAGAACAGUGCCUAGAGGGCCUGCCACUGCAUCCCUACACCCACCCAGGAUAGCAACUAGGCCCUCUAGGAAAGGGCCUUAGUGGAGCCAGCAGCCUGUCUUCCCCAGUUAGAGUGUGUGCAGCCACUCAGCCCUGCCCAACAAGCUGGCACUCUCCAACUGGAAAUAAACAUCCCAUAUGUGACCUAGUCUA